CUGCGCAGUUCUAUUUGGCCGUGCUCCAGUCUGUUCGUCACGCACGACAUGGAUACAGAAAACGUGGCGUGUGCGGCACUGCCGCCCAACAGUGUCCAACAAGAGGAAAGCAGUCUGGGCGGCGUGAAGCAGUCGAUGAGGGACAGCCAGCUGCUGCCUCCGUUUUCCGCUCCGCCGCACACUAUAGAUUCCUCUCGCAAGCGAUCGUACAGCGAACUAGUCUCAGCGCAGCCGGAAGAAGGGAUUGGUACCCCGACCGAUCAAUCGGGACCGAUGAGCGGCGACGGAGGCAAGGCUUGCAGACGUAAUGAGGAGGGUGGGGCAGCUGAUGGUGCCAAGGAGGAAGGGAGAGGUGGUGGAUUGCCGUCGUUCCAAGCUGCUGACAGCAGCAGGUCGCCAUCGGGAUCUCCAUCUUCGGAUCUUCCCGCACCACGUGUCACGGUUACCACGUGCGAGAAGCAGCAGCAGCAGCAGCGGCCUGUGCCACCGAGCCAGACUGUGCCUCCCUUUUCUUCCUCCCUUCCACUCCCCCCUCCGUCCUUCCCCCUCCCUCUCCCAUCUCUCCCACGUCUCCCACAUCUCCCUCCUCCCUUUCCUUUAUCUCCAGCAUCUAGGCAUGACGGCAUAGCGGCGGGCUCUCUCGAGGAGCGUCCGCGAGAGAGGGAGCCAGGCUCUUUGGCUGGUAAUGCGACUCCGGCCGGGAUCGGCGGCGGAAAUGGACCGAUGAUGAUCCCGAUCCGGACGGCGACCAACUUACCUUCGCCGCCUCAGACUCUGUUACUUAACGGUGCCAAACGGAAAUGGAGUUCAGACAUAAACAAGAGGGAAUACGAUUUCUGCCAGCUGCUGGGCGCACUGCAGCAGGAGAUCGUUUCUGCCAUAGCUGAGAAGGAUGCAGAGCGCUCUCGGCACCUGGCCGAGAAGGCGUCCAGAUUGGUAUCUGCUCGCAAACGUGUCAUUGAGAUAGCAGAUGGCAGGGGAUGGUCUUGUUCCGAGCUGUUUGAACGAUACACGUUGGCGGAGUUGUCUGGGAACGAGGAGGAGAAAAGGAGGAUCGUGAGCGAGGAGGAAUACGUCAAGAGGCGUUCCAGACUAUUGUCAGGAGGAAGAAGAAGAGGCGGCGAGAGGAAGAGGACAGCCAUAGCCAGACCUCCAACGGCGAAGCGCUCUAAAAUCAUCUAGAUUUUUCUUUGGGCGGGAGUUCUUCGUUGUCACGAACCUCGCCCGUCUCGCGUGUCAAGGUGUCACCUCUUCGCCCCCCCUGUCCCCCCCGCCCUCCCCCCCUCCCUCCCCCCCCUCCCCCGGGGGCUUACCACCACCAUAGUUUCGCGCAGUCCUGAGGGCCUGCCGAGGUUGCCUGAAGUUCAGGAUUCAUUUAGACCUAAUACCAGGCCAAAUGAAUCUCUCCCCCCUUC